UAAUUCAUAUUAUAUUCAUUAAUGAAUGUCUUGCUUUAUGUAGAUGGACGUAGUUCACUUAUUAGUAAAAGAAAGCCAGCUGCCAAGCCUAGUUUUGGUAAAGGACUAGGAGCCCAGAAAGUCAACAGGAGUUUCUCUGAGAUUGAAAAACAAGCAGAGGAAGAACAGAAAACACUAGAAAAGCAAGCAGCUGUCUUUACUGAAAAAAGCCCCCACCAAGACAAGACAGAGUUUGCUGUUCAAGUUGAUAGACAGAAGAUGGCCUCUCUUGAUCCAAUGAAAGCUAAGCAGGCAGAAAGGCUAGGUAUGGGGCUAUCUCGUGCAAGCACUACUAGCAGCGGUAGCAGCCAUUCAGCAUUCAGUAGCACGAGUACCAUUGAUCAAGUGAACCCAACGAGUAGUAAAGGCUCAAGAUACAGUAGCCAUUCAUCAACAUCAGUACCUGUUUCUCAUUCAAAUGAUCUCUUUGAUGAAUAUGGACUUGAUGAUCCACCUUCCUCCAGAUUUGAUUCUGAUUAUCCCUCAAGGUAUGACAGAGGAGGCUCCUAUUCUUCUGGUGGUUUUGGUAGGAAACAACCAACAAAUGACCCAAAGUUCAGUAGUCACAGUGCAUUUGGGUCACCUUCAAGAGGUUCCAGUAGUAAGCAGCAAGAGCCUCCUGACACUACUGGAUACACUGGCUCUUAUUCAGGAUACAAAGGACGGAGUCAAAGAAGUACUAAUGUCUCAAGUGAUAGUAGCAGUACUAGUGCCCAGGAGAGGUUUGCAAGCUCCAAGUCAAUAUCCUCUGAUCAAUACUUCAACAGAGGGAAUGGGAGCAGUGUUGAUAGUGGCAGUGCAGAAUUCUCUCGAUUUUCAUCAUCUAAUGCCAUAUCAAGUGACGAUUAUUUUGGUCGGACCCCAAAACAAUCUUCUGAUGGAGGAUCAUCUGUGUCUGAUGUAGUCUCAAAACUUACUGGGGCUGCUAAUGGUGUAUGGGGCUCACUUCAAGAUCAGUACAGAAAUUAUUCCCAUAAGUAUUAGAUCAAAAUGAUGAUGUCAAAUGUUUAAUGCAUUGCUUAAUAACAAUUCCUGCGUAUUUGA